CAUCCCCCCACCGGGUGGGUAGUUGGUGUGUCCCCCCACCUAGCAGUCUUUGCGUCCGUCCAAACAUCAUAUAAGUGGCCCGAGUGUACGCACACAUCGUUUCCGACGUUCGAUGCGUCGUUUCAACUUCGCUGCCGCCCUGUUGGUCGGCCUCUCCACCCUCAGGCAGCCCCUCCUGGUGGCCCAGCGCAACUAUGACCGACGUAAGCCACAGCCGGGCACACACACCGAGCCGGCCAAUGCAUGCAUCAUGGCAGACCUGCCUUCAUUGUGUGCAUUUGUAUGGCUGUUUUCUAUGAUGUACGGCCGUAGAGAUGGCGGUGGCCGCUCAUGAGCUCGGUUGGUGACCGCCCCCACCCAUCUUAGACUACCCUGCCAUCCCACAGUCAAUGUGGUGUGUGUCGGCAGGUGCCCAGCAGAUUUCAUCAGUGCAGCUGCAGCUGCAGCUCAACCAUACUGCGGCCCAUGAACUGAACACUGCCGCCGCCCGGCUGAUCCGCACAGCCGCAACCAGCUUUGAUAACGCCCACCGCAUGUUCAAGCUGUGCGCCGACCAGAAUGGUGGGUGAUCACGUCCACACGCACAUACAUAUGCUCCUCUCGUAGAGACCAAUGUCAUUCGUGUGCCUGGCAGUCUGCGACGUUCCUUACUCCUUUGCUGAAGCCGCCAUGGCUCACAUGAACACCACUCGACUUGAAAACGGUCAAGACACUUCCCACCCUCUGUGAAUGCCUGUGUGCAUGUGUGUCUAUCUGUUUAUGUAUGUGUGUGUGUAUACCGCAGCACAGAAGCCUAUGAAAGAGGCCGGCGGAUACACGCAGGAUGGUAGGCCAGCACAUUCAGCUACCAACAUUAGCCACGCCGUCAUGUUGCAUGUCUCAUGUCGGCGGACUACCAAUACAUGUCUGUGUUGCGGCGUUCUGUCAAAGGGGAGACGGCAGGCAACACAUCAUCGUCUUCACAAGAGCCGGGGGAUCUCUUGUACCAGUUCAUUGCUGAGCAUCUAGACAAGGCACUGAAACAACGCGGCCGCUCGGAUGCAACAAGCUGGGGUACCGUUCUUGACGCUGGCACCGGAAUGGACUCUCUGACGUGGCUUGUGGCGCAGCAGAAGAAAACUGCGAAGCUUGUCGCCGUCACAGCGGAUCCAAGUCGGGCCGAGGACUUACAGCAACAAUUCAAGGAUAAGCUGCGGCCCCAAGAUGAGAUACUCCUUGGCAAUUGGGACGAUUCGACAUUUCUCAGCAACUUUCAAGCCGAUGUCAUUGUCGCCGGCUACCUCAUCGGGGCAAUAGACGGAUUCUCACCUUAUUUUCAAGAUCGAAUCUUAUCCCGCCACGUUCAGCACCUCAAGCCGGGCGGAUGGCUGUACGUUGUCGGACUUGAGCCGUUCUCGAACAGCGAGUCGACGUCCAAGGCGGACAAGCUCCUCCAGCAAGUUGCGAGAGUCCGAGAUGCAUGUAUUCUUCUCGCUGGCCAUCGAUGCUACCGUGAGUAUCCGCAGGAUUGGGUUCAUCGGCAACUACAGCAGGUCAACUGUCGUAUUGACGCGAGCGAACGAUGGCCCAAUGUUUAUUCGAGUCGACAAGUCGAGCGUCAGGUUGGUCUUCAAGUUAGAUCAUGGCAAAUUCUCCACCUCCUUCUUGACUUUGGUGGUUAUAGAUCCAAGUGGGGAGGGACAAAUUGCCCUUCUUUCCCGAUACUCAGCUUGCCGAUGAAAUGGCGAAGUAUCUCGACCAAUUGUCCCAAGAGACACGGGAGGUUUUCAGCAACGACCAGAAGCACACAUUUGGGUUUGACUAUGUCGUCUGCGCCGAAUACCAGCCAGAAAGCUCGUAACAAAUAGCCCAAAAGCAAGUUAGUAUUACAAGCAUCCAUCGACAGAGACAAUGAGACGCUAGUUGAAAUACAAAGUCAAUACUUGUCGCUCUAAAACAAA